ACAUACCCUCUGCCGCAUUUAUCGAACGUUGUCCCCAAAGCACCGUUAACGCAACAAAAAAUUUUUUUAUUGUUAUUUUUUUUUUUUUUUAUUACUUGACGCAUUUACGUUGUGUGUCGCAUGUGUUUUUGAUUGAGGGGGCACGCGACAUGUAGAGGCUCCUUUCCACGAGUUGAUAACUCGCUCGAAACUCCUCAGAGACUGCCCGAAACCGGUCGAGUGUCAGAUAGCAAGGCUUCUCGUGUGCCCAUGCUCGGCACGUAGGAUAUCAUAUGGACGACUUGGACACAUAUCAGAUACAAGCAUGGUUAGAAGGAGCCGGUACUGACCUGUGCGUUCGGGGGCAGCCUUCGGGGCGCGUAGAAGGUCUGGAAAGUCUCGAUUUCGACGUAAAGUAUUUCUGCAGCUAUGACGAAAACACUGCUCCUGUCGAGGCUCUGCAAGAGUGUCGCGGCUCUGAGGAGCUGCCGCGCUCCGCUCAGAAGCUUUCGGCGGCUAGAGUCUUCGGAGGCAGUGCCCAACGCCGUCCCUUACCAGACAGUACUCAAGAAGCAUGCAGUAGAGACUCCCCGCUCUGUACCCGAAUCCGCUGACGUUGUCAUCAUAGGUGGAGGCAUCAUUGGCUGCAGUACAUUAUACCACCUGACCAAGCUCGGCUGUACGAACGUUGUGCUGCUCGAAAAGGACAACCUAACGGCGGGAACGACGUGGCACACCGCAGGGCUGAUAUGGCGCCUGCGGCCGAAUGAUACAGACAUUCAAAUCCUCAAUCAUACGAGGCAUUUGCUCAUGAACGUCCUCGAGGAGGAAACGGGCGUGUACCCGGGCUUCAUAAACAAUGGCGGCCUCUUCAUCGCAAAUUCUAAAGAGCGUCUUGACGAGUACAAGAGGCUGAUGACUAUUGGAAAGGCAUUUGGCAUUGAGUCUCAUGUCCUGAGUCCUGAAGAGACCAAGAAGCUCUACCCCCUGAUGAAUGUGGAAGACCUGUACGGGACGCUGUACAGCCCUGGAGACGGAACGGUGGACCCCGCUGGCUUCUGUACCUCCCUUGCACGGGCCAGCACCGCCAAAGGUGCCAAGGUGAUCGAGAAGUGCUCUGUCCUGGGGGUCGAGACGCGCGUCGACGACUUCGGGACCAGACGAGUUUCGGGAGUGCAAACGCCAUUCGGUCUUAUACGCACGAAUGCUCUCGUAAAUUGCACAGGCGCCUGGGCCCCUUACAUCGGGGAAAUGGCCGGCGUGAGUGUUCCCCUGGUGGCCAUGAAGCACGCCUACGUGGUAACCAACCGCAUAGAGGGCAUCCAGGGCAUGCCCAAUGUGCGGGACCACGACCUCUCCCUCUACCUGCGGCUGCAGGGGGACGCCCUCUCGGUGGGCGGCUACGAGCCCAACCCCGUCUUCAUUGACCAGCUCCCCAAGAACUUUGCGUUCGGCCUGUUUGACCUCGACUGGGACGUCUUUGGAACGCACAUAGAGAGUGGAAUGCACAGAGUUCCGGUUCUGGAGAAGACGGGCAUCAAAUCCACCGUGUGUGGGCCAGAGUCGUUCACGGCCGACCACAAACCCCUGCUGGGGGAGGAGCCCUCCCUGCGGGGCUUCUUCCACGGCUGCGGCUUCAACAGCCUGGGCAUGAAUGGGGGUGGCGGUUGCGGCAGGGAGCUGGCUGCCUGGGUGCUGCAGGGCAGGCCUAACCUGGACAUGUAUGCCUACGACAUACGGCGGUUCUCGCCCGAGCUAACAUCCAAUGCACGUUGGGUACGAGAACGCAGCCACGAGUCUUACGUCAAGAACUACUCCAUCGUUUAUCCCAGUGACGAACCUCUUGCCUCGAGGAACAUGCGCAAAGACCCGCUGCAUGAGGAGAUGUCCAAGUCUGGGUGUGUCUUCCAAGAGCGCCUGGGCUGGGAGCGUCCAGGGUGGUUUGCACAGGAUGGGCCCUCUCCUGUCCUCGACUAUGACUACUACGGAAGUUACGAGAAUAAAAAGCACGAAAGCGACACCUACGGAGACAGGCUGAAGAUGGACUACACUUUCGGUUUUCCAAAGCACCAUGAAAUCAUCAAGUCGGAAUGCCUGGGUUGCCGAAAGGGUGUCGCAGCCUUCAACAUGUCCUACUUCGGCAAGUUUUACAUGACGGGUCCGGACGCUCAGGCCGCUGCUGACUUCAUCUUCACCAACAACAUGCGCAAGCCUGAAGGCUCCACCGUGUAUACCUGCAUGCUCAACUCGAGGGGAAUGGUGGAGGCUGACCUGACUGUCAGCGCCAUUCAUCCCGGUGACGGCUUGGCCUGUGACCCCAGUUUUGACGGCCGGGGUUUCUAUGUGGCAGCUGCGGGAGCUAGUGCAAAUCACAGCCUUUCUCACAUCCGAUCUGUGGUCCAAGACCGCAAGUUCCGUGUUUCUGUUGAAGACCGGUCGGGCUCCAUGGGGAUGCUCAGUGUUCAGGGACCCAAAAGUCGCGAGCUGCUGCAGUCGUUAACAGAUGCCGAUUUAUCCGACACCGCCUUUCCCUUCUCCACGCACAAAGUCAUCCAAUUUGCGGGCCAUAAGGUUAGGGCGCUGCGGCUGACGUUCGUUGGAGAGCUGGGUUGGGAGCUGCACAUUCCAUCGUCGUCUUGCGUCCCUGUGUACCGCGCACUCAUCGAGGCUGGCUCAAAGUUUGGACUCAUCAACGCGGGUUACCGGGCCAUUGACUCCCUCAGCCUGGAGAAAGGCUUCCGGCACUGGCACGCCGACGUGCGGAUGGAGGACACCCCGCUGGAGGCCGGACUCGGGUUCACCUGCAAGCUCAAGUCGGACGUGGACUUCCUGGGAAGGCGGGCCCUGGAGGCGCAGAAGGCCGGGGGCCUCACCAAGCGCAUCGCCUGCUUCACCCUGGACCAGCACGUGGCUCUGCACGGCCUGGAAGUCAUCUGGCGAGGCGACGAGGUGGUGGGCUUCACCCGGCGUGGCGACUUUGGUUUCGCCGUGGGCAAGAGCAUAGCGUACGGCUACGUGAGGCGUCCCGACGGCGCCGCCGUGUCGCCGGACUACCUGGCGUCCGGAGACUACUGGCUCGAAUCCCUGGGCGAGAAGUACAAGGCCAGCUUCCACCCCAAGCCGCCCCUCGACCCGGACAACCGCAGGGUGAAGGGCGUCUACGACCAGCCGCUCCCCUGCGACAAGUGAUGGCGGCAGCAGAAUGCACCAAGUGCCAAUGCAUGAACUCGUAUCUUUGACGUGACUUCACGGCAGUGGCGCUAUUUUGACAUUUCACGCUCAAAUUGUGGGCACAGUGGCGCGCGCUUAUUUUAUAUUGGGGAGUUUUCGUACACCGCGUUUCCCCGUCUGCUAAGCCCUCCGCAACGAAGAAGCCGCUGCUGCGCCUGCGCGCCGAUAGCCUUGACUGUAGAGUUCCGGGUAUCGUAGCGCGUUGCGGAGAGCGUUGCCGGACUGCAAAAACGAUCUACGAAAACUUCCUAUUAAGUUUAAGCGUAGCAGACGUUAGGAGCGCUUUUUCCGCGCUUUGAAGGGGCCUGCCUACCACGCGCGCUCGUGCGGAGCAAGAGUAUGUUCAGGCAUGGUUCAAGGCAGUAGACUCGGGCUUUUGGUAAAACCGAGGUUACCUUCUGUACAUGUGCAGUGCAAGUUGUCACGUGACUACACGCUCGAUUAUCAACAUUGAGUAGGUGAACAGUUAUAGCUGCUGUCGCGAGCCUACCCAAGCUCGAACGAUUCGAAGUUUCAACGCAAAGUUCGACGGGCGGCAUCAGCCACGCCAGCUGAUGCCGCCCGUCGAUUAGGCAUCGCGUUCCGGAGUGAGGAGCCGCCCGCGGAUACAAAGGGCACAACGGGCCUGCUAUAGCUACGCACUGGCGACACCUCCGAUUAGUACACGAUACCCACCGUUGCUUCUCUUGCAGCUGAAAAGACGGACAAGGGGAAGGGGCAAUAAACUCUGUUCUUUCUUUGGA